AUGCCGACUCAGCGCGGCAACAUGCGCCGGGCGCUGACCUACCUGCCCGCCGCACCCCGUGCCGAGUCAGCACAACGACAUCCGCUGGCCUGGCUCGGGAACGCUGUCCGCUCACCGUGCAAGUGGAGAACGGUGAGAACUGCAAGGUCGGCAAAACUUCAGCCGGCCGCUGACGUUGACGCCGACGUCGACGCCGGGACCGGACUCACCUGGGCUCUGGCAGUUUUUCGUAAAGAUAGAGACUUCGGCAGAAUUCAGUCCGAGAGAGGUGGUGGAUUCAUCGUGGCUGUUAGCCGUACAUUCUGUUGCACUGUAAUUCGACUCCUUAAUGAUGACUCGCUUCUGGACCAGUUGGCGUUGACGGUUUCUGGCUCAUCCGGGAAGAUAUCGAUUGUGGCUUCCUAUGUUCCACCUGGCUGGAUUACUCACAUUGUACUACAACAAAGUCAAAUGGCUGGUCAGGAUGCCGAGCUGGGCAAUUUGGCAUUCACACACUUGGCUGGGAGACAUCUAUCGAGGAUAGGAGAAAGACUUCCUGGAGCUGUUGUAAGCCUACAUGAGUAGUCAGAGUUAAGAGUGAUCGGCCAUACAUGGCUAAGUCCUCGAAAUAUGUUUGUAAUACACCGGAAAUGAAUUGAAAAAAAACAACUUAGCCAAAUUUAAAGUUCCUCUCAAUGUCGCCGCAAGUUCCACAUCGCUUGCGUUGAUGUGCCGAAAGAUGGAAUCAAACUUAUAACAACUAAGCCCAAUCUUCAGUGUCAUUGCGACAGUUGCGUUGUGUAAAAUGACUCGCAUUCCAAAACAAUUGAAAUUUUGAAAGAUCUUUGUGAACUCAAAAGUCUUUAUUAAACA